AGUGUUGCAGAGGGAGUGGUGUCAAUUUGAGAAGUAAAUACUGUACCCUUGCUCACACUCCGUGUCAGAGCUGCUGUUGUCUACAGUUGGAUGUUAAUACAGCCAUGUCCUUCCUGAACACCCUACGCGAGUGGGACCAGGCAGUGGCGUGUGUGGAGCAGGGAGAUGUGGAGACUGCCCUGACAACGUUUCUGGACAUCGAAGAGAAGAACUCCAAAAUCUCUUUUGACAUUGGCUGCCUUCAUCUGGCCAACAAGGAUUUAGAAGCUGCUGAGAAGGCAUUUGACUUCAGCAUCGGGAAAGAUGAGCACUUGGCAGUCGCUUUCUUCCAACGAGGAAUCACAUUUUUUAAAAGAGAAAAUUUUGAAGAGGCCCUUGCAGACUUCAACAAUGCUUUUAGAGAGUUACGAGGCAACAAUCUGAUCGACUACAAGCCUAUUGGCCUUAGUUACAAGCUCUAUGCUUCUGAGGUGCUCCACAACAUGGCCUUGACCCAGGCUCAGCAAGGCCAGUGGGACAAAGCGCAGGAAAGCCUCCUCUCUGCACUGGCCCUCAAGCCCAAGUUCAAACAUGUGGAGCUAGCCCUAGAGGCCAUUUUGAAACAGAAGCUUUUUGAUCUGGUGGAAAUGCGUCCAAGGCUGCUCUUCAGACCUAACAGGAACUUUGUGGCUGAACUAGAGCAGAAAGAUUAUCUGGGAAAAGCCAAGGUCGUGGCCUCAGUCGUUCACAAAGAUGAAUUCUCUGGUUUUGCUCCUCUGCAACCACAGUCUGAAGAUGCCCCAGCUAUCCCAAAAGCACCAGAAGUCCUUAGAGCCCUGAAAGGAGAGCCUCACACCGUCCUGUACGAGUUCUCUCCCGAGACUAGUGACGAGCUGGCGGUGUUGCCUGGCAACAUCGUUUUUGUCUUGCAGAGAGGGGAUGACAACUGGGCCUCUGUCAUCUUUAACGAGCGGAGGGGCCUUGUUCCUUACAACUACCUGGAGCCUUUGGAUAUGAAUACUUUAUCUAAUAAGCAAGGGCAGAACGGCACACCAAGUGGACCAGAUGAGAUCCCAGCUCCCCCAUUUAAAGAACCCCCAAUCAGACCUCUACGGUCAGGUAGACUACCAGUGCCGUCCGGGGAUUACAACAAUGUAACCAUUGAACUUCGGAGGUCGCAGGAGCCCCAGGGGUGCAUAGUGAAGGUGCACUGCUCCUACACGGUGGUGGUGACGGCGCUGCCUGGAGUUCCCUACCAGGCCCUGCUGCAGAGGAUCGCCAGCAAGCUCAACCUGCCCGCCCCCGCACUCUCUCUCAGUUAUGUGAAGUCCGGAGAGCGAAUGUCUAUUGGGGAGUCAGAGAUGACCAGCGUGUGGCAUUGCAUGAGGAAUGGCCGACUGACCUUGUGGUGCACCUUCUCUGAGGACCCGCCCAAGAAAAGUGUUCAGGCCUUGGCACUGUAUGCCUACGAGGCCAGCAGUCCAGAAGACUUGGAAUUCAGCCAAGGUGACAUCAUCACCAUCCUCUCCAAAGUGAAUGAAGACUGGCUUGAAGGGCAAUGUAAUGGAAAAAAUGGCAUCUUCCCUGCAUCUUUUGUACAAACUCUUCACAAAGAUUAACAUUAUUAUUCUUUUCAAUGUUACAAAUCUUCUUGUAAAUUUGACCAGUCUGCAGUCUGAAGAGAUCAAAUACAAUGUUACCCUUUUUGUAAUAACUAAAAA